ACAGCAGCGAAAACACGAGCACUAAAGUCAAGCGAGAAUGGUUGGAAAUGAGAAAACAUACUUUGUAAACAUUAAUAAGGAAGAGUUGUAGGUGACGAAGAGAGUGUAGGAAAGUGAGUGAACUCAACUGCAAGGAACGGUUAUUAGUGAAAGCUUUUGAGAAAAUUGUAUGUAAACUGCACACGAAGGGAAUGACGCUGGACUUGAAGAAUAAAUCUUGCCUCAAGGCUGGGAUGUAAGGAUAAGUCUUAUCUCAAGCCUGGGAUGUAAGGAUAAGUCUUGCCUCAAGGCUGGGAUGUAAGAAUGAAGCUUGUCGCAAAGCCGUGAUAAGCGGGAUGCAAUGGUAUUUUUCACAGUCUUGUUUCCCUGGUUAUAAAUUGCUUGCAGAGGGCGUCUACUCGACUUGUUUCCCCUCCUUCCGCAGUCCUGAUGGUAGGUAAAAGGCAGGAGGGAGCUGACCAGCUGGAACAACAGCAAUGGCCGGAUUUAAAUUGAUGCACACAGGAGUCAAGUGAGGUGGACUGUGACGACUCUUAAGAGGACAUUUAAAAUUAGAUUCAAGAGUCUUCCUACGUAACUUUUUAUUCCCCGUCUUGUAUCUACGCCAUAAAACUCUUGAUUAUUUGGAAAGCUCUUGUUCUUGGGAAAACUCCCAAAUCUAAGAGAGAACAAGAUACUGGUUACAUUUGUGAAAAUUAUGAGUUCAUUCGGCAGUACAUUUUCCAGGUCGGCCGCGACUUGCCGAGCUGACAAAGAGCUUCUCCUGGGAAGCCAGUGUCUCUCGGAAGAAGAAUGUGUCCAGAAUGGCAUGGUGGACGAUAGUAUGUCCCUCGACGAAGAAACAGGAGUAAAAAUCGGCAAGCAUUCGUCCUAUCCUCAACACACUUGUGAAGUGGAUGAGGCGAAACUAUUCUUUGGUGACGAAUCUGAGGUACACAAUUGCUCUAAUGCCAGCGAUGAUGACGCUGUUGGGGUCAUUGCUAGUAAUCCAAAGUUUGUGAGGUCGUUUAACAAGCGGGUACGAUCCCGUGAGUUGAGGGGCUGGCGGUACAAGUCACUCUCAGGAGAGACUGACUUGAGACAACCCGAGUUGAAAGAUACAAGAGAAAAGAUCUGCAAUGGGCCUAAUGUUGGAAGCAAUAGUCAGGCAAAAAGUGCUAACGUGGGUCUGAAGAGCAAAGAAAAUACAGAGAACUAUCAGUGUAUCAAAACCUACAGGCGGAGAACCGUGUCAGGAGUAAAUGUGAGUGACGGUGACUCUGGAGGAGUUUGUUUCCCCAGUACAGACAGUGUAUUUUGUCCUCUCGACACUGUUCCACCCGUCCCUCAACAGUCGUCGUCGUCGGAGUUUAACGAUCCCACCUCGAGCACCGGUAACCAGACAAUUCCUGACAAACGAGAGGAACAUAAGAGCUGUUGUCUCGGGAGUACAGCAUCAACCGUCGCUGAUAACGAAGCCACGAGUACUUGUGUGGAUGUCGAAUGGCAUCAGACUAAGGACUGUGGAGGUGGGUUUUCUUUCCUCUCACGCCUGGGCAAAAGCGUGUCACUUAAGAGGAAAUAUGGGAAGUCCCACGGCAAAACUCGUCCUUUUCAGUUUAACGAGAAAAAAGUUGUUAAAGAGAGUGGGGUCAAGGAAAACUUGGAAUGUAUCAUGGAAAAUUCACAGGAGAAAAACAUGGAGGAGUGUAUCCCAUGUCAUUGGCCUCAGAACCUCUGCUCGGAGAGAGACGGGAUGAUGAUUAAGCCUGCAGAAGAAGGCAAGGUUCCAUGCUCUAAAGAAAGUAAUAGUCCAAGUUGUAGUCCCAGUACUCGAUGGUUUCUGAGCGCAGAUCCCACCCUGGCAGAAAUCAACACACUAGAUGCAGAGAGAAACAAACAAUGUAAUACGCCUGUAAUGACUGAAGCCUCUUCUUUCUUACCGAUACUGUUUAAACUUCCUCCCCCUCCGAGGUCGAGGAAACUCGGGGACUCUGAACCAGUUGCUAAUCAGAACUCGACCUUUGAACAUGAGAGAUCAUGUAUGAAAAGUAAUCCACGAGACCCAGAGAUGAUGGAUGAGAAGAGUGAUCAGAUGUCCCUCACUUUUGAUCAAGAUUGGAAUCUUAUUACAUCUCGAUGUGUCGGUAGCACAAGUAGUCUCUGGCCAGCGCUCCAUCCUUCCACGGUCACUGAUUCAGAAUUUCUCUGCCUCAACGAAACAAGUAAUGCGAACGAGCAGACAACUCUGUGUACAGUGGCGUCGGCUACAGCGCAAGAAGCCAAGUCUCCUAUUACUGUAAGGAAGACUUACGAGUCUACAUGCCUUUCACGGCAACCACAGCUUCCAGAACAUAGUGGCAAUGAGGAGCCACAGUUCAAAGAACGAUCAUCCUUGCAGCAUACAGAGCCGAGUCAUUUUAAUGGCUUGAAAGAAAUAAACAUGCAGAAGAAAUGCAAAUUUCGCCCAAGUUUUAUAUUUCAUACAGAAAAUAAUACAAAGAAAAGUGAGGUCGAGAAAGGAGAAGCAAAGGAUAAAAAUGUUAAGAAAGAAAAGAAGGUAUCUGGUGAGCGAAAGGUGACUGAGGUAAAGGCUUCUGUGGCGACCCAAGUGAAACUUAGAAGAGUUGGAGCCAUUAAGAAAUGUGAGGAGAUCCAUCAUCUUUUGCUGGAUGAUAGUCACGUUUCUCUCACCAGCGUCCUCACCAUCCCUCACAACAAUGACACACUGACACAAGCACGAGACACAAAGCCUACCCUGAACUCUUCCUUCAGUAUACAACCUUUACCCAGUACGGGAGCCAUUCCGAAGAGCAGCCAAAUGAGUAAAGUUUUCCAAGUGAUAAAUAAAGAUGAGGCCAAACAGAAAAAUUUGAGUGAGAUCAAUCCUACCAUACACGAAAAUACUGCUACAGAUACAAAAUGCCAGACGUCUUUAGAAACGAAAAAAGGAUCCGGAAAAUCUUUUAAGACACAUGGAAAGCGCUUAAUGGAGCGAUCUUCAUCUGUUCCAUUUUGGACAAAAUUGUAUUCACAAGAGAUAUCCCCUUCCACUGCUGAUGGUGAGUGCCUUACAGACAACAAGCUCCACACAAAUGGUGAAAAAAUUGUUGCUCACAACACACAACAGGGUGAUCAAGGUAAAGCUGUUCAGAGUAUGGCAAAGGUGACUCACAAACGGGCCAAAUCACAGGAAUUAAAGAAAACCUUCUUAGACGAAGCAUUUUCACUGGCUCCAGAGAGGUCCGCUUCUCAUGACAACAUAACUACACUAAAGCAAGGAGCAUCAAAAGUAUCCUCGCUUGAUAUUGGCUUCCAGCCUUCGGAGUCUGCCCAGGAGAUAAAUAUCAGCAACCUGCACUUCACCGAAGAUGCAUCGUUCGAAAGGUUGGGUUAUAAGAGCCACUAUAAACACGCUAGUUGUAACGACAUCAUUGACAUGGGUAAGGAAACAAGCGAGUCUUCGAGGGUGAUCCAGGCGUUUAGGGACUCCAAGGUGAUUAGCGCCUCUGCUUUCUGCCUCUCCAGCAGCGUAACUAGAAAGGCAUCGGCUGGUGGAGGCCUAGGAACCCCCACGCCUGCCCUCAGAGGGAAAGAUUCUUCUCUCUCUGGAGGUAAUUUGCCCACCUCGCCGUCAGCGCUAGUAGGGGAUGAGCUCGCAGGGGAGACGAGGAACCUCAGGGAGUCGCAACUACUGUACACAUCCCCUUACGACCUCGUCACCAAUGUCAGAGAUAAACCUUACUUCCAGCGUGUCAUCAAUGUCUUCCAUAUACAAACCACGGAUAGUAAGAUGGAUUCGCUAGUGCAGCAGCUGGACCUAUACAGCAAGCAGGGUAUCCCCCGCCAGCCUCACCUCCUGGCCUCUCAGACUCCUGGUAACGAUGAUGAGGUAGUGGUUGAGGACAGCUGGCGAACUCUGGUUGAGGGCCACGACCAGCUGGAUGAGCGCCAGGAGCAGCAGCAGAGCGCCAUCUGGGAACUGGUGGAGACGGAAGCCACUUACAUUCACAUGCUCAAAGUUAUUACUGACUUGUUCCUGGCGUGCUUGUGCAACCUGCAGAAUGAGUCGCUGCUGUACGAAGUGGACACAGACAAGCUCUUCAGCAACAUCCAGGAGAUUUACUGCGCCAACCUCACCUUCUGGAGGGAACACAUCGUUAGGAUGCUCGAAGCCUCCAGGUCCACCAGAGAACCCCUCGACCCAACCCUUCUCACCGAUGCCUUCUAUAAGUUUGACGAGUUGUUCCACCCGUACACUCGCUAUUGUCUGGAGCAGAGCAACUGCCAGUUAUACUGUAAGGAAAAGGACCACGACAACGAAUACUUCAAGAUGUACCUUGCUUGGUGCGAGACGCAGAAAGAGUGCAAUAGAUUGCGGUUGGUGGACAUACUGGUGCAGCCUAUGCAAAGAUUGACCAAGUAUUCGCUCCUUCUGAAGGCCAUUCUCAAGAAAACUAACCUCGAGGACCACAAGCUGUGUCUUCACGAUAUGAUCACGCAUGUGGAGAACUUCGUGUCUAAUGUCAACUCAGCACUGAGACACAAGCACGAACAAGAGAGGCUACGUGAUAUCGCCAAGAGAAUAGAAGCUUAUGAAGCUGUGGAGGCACGGGACGAUGAACUGGAGAGAGUGGUAAGGAACUACUCUGAUCUGAACCUCACUCAGCCCAUGCCAGGCUGUCCGGAACACCUUCCUCGACACCUGCUGCACCACGGUGACCUACGACUCAGGGACCCCCACACUUCCAAGAUGGAUGUCCAUGUAUUCCUUUUUACUGAUCUCCUCCUCAUCACCAAGGUCACUCAGCGCAAGGCAGAGAAAGUCAAGAUUGUGCGUCCGCCAUAUCACGUUGAGCGGCUUGUGUUGGUUGAACUGAAGGACAACACCUCGAUUGGUCUUGUAUCUAUAAAUGAGUGGAACGUGGCCGUGGCUGCCUUUACUCUUCAAUGUCCAGAUCAGCGCGCGCACAGAACGUGGUACGAUACACUAAAGAGAGCAAAAGAUCAGUACAGGGAAGCGCAGCAGGCGCAGGAUGUGGUGUAUGACGAUAUAACGUGUGUGGGUCAUCUAGUACCUCGUUCACCUCGUCCAGGCUCCUCCAGAGCGUCUCGCGUCUCAAGUCUGGCACAUUCUCACUCGGGUUCUAUAGAUCUGAAUGAAACCUCUCCAGCUACUCAACAUCACCCUAGUAUUGACAUGAGUGAUGUGAGAGCGUCUAGUGCCUCCAGUGACGAUUCUAUUGCCCAGUCUGCUCCAGAGAUUCAGAGAUCUCGGUCGCUUGAAGGUGGUGGUAGUGGUGCUAUAUCUCCUCGUCCAGACCGUCGUCCAGGCUUCCCUAAAACCCCUAAUACAUUAAGUGUUAUACCACCUUAUUCUACUGGACAGUCUCUUCCAAACCUCACUGUAGAGUCUGCUAAUUCUCUUCUUCGUGUGCCUGGUACCAAUGGAAGCAAUCCGAAAGCUCUUUCCCCUUGCACUAGAGGAGUGUCUUACCCACCGCCCUCUCCACGUACACUUCGCCGGUCAGCGCCCGUACCACAGUCACGGAAUCCACCAUUACUAAAAUCCCGCCAUGUGACUUCCAUGGUUGGAUCUCCACAAGAUGUAGACCAAAACGAACAAGAUGAUAGCACAAGGGGCCAACGUCGUACAUAUCGCAUUGAUAGGAUGGAUAACCGACGCUAUCACACUGCAGGAGCUAUUGAUGAUAUCAAGAAACAAAAUGCCAAGGAUGCAUCCAUACAUAAGCGUCUAUCAUGGAACUAUGGGCAAGGUCCUACUCCCUCUCGAGACCUUGUCAAUGACCAAGGCAAAUUGGGUCGUCAUAAACACUCUGUGAAGAAUAUCUCUUGUGAAUCUGUACACAGCUCUUCCGGCGUCUCCUCAACCUCGUCUUUACAUCGUUCAAUGGGAUCAGAAGUUGAAGCCCUAGAAAAUAUAGAUGAUAAUGAACUUGAAGAUGGUGAGGCGACUGUGGUGGACCUAACAGUCAGUGAUUGUACCAGCCUAAAAAUAUCUCCUCACAUUUCUACAACUUACAUCUGCCAUGACUCAGACAUCACGCUUGGAGUUUGCUCACAGUAUAUUACUCAACCAAACUGCUCUCCCGAGCCUGGUCUCUACCGAGGCAUAGUUGACGGCUUGGUCAGUCAAGCUGUUGGUGCUCGCUGCACGCAGUCCACAGCCCAGCUGAUCAGGAACUGCAUAAAGGAAUUUGCCGAGUUCUCUAUUGAAGACGGUUAAAGGCCUAUGAGUAAUUUUCAUUACGUAUGAAGGGUAGGUGUUAAAAUGAC